AUAGAAGUUAAAUGGGAAAUUGUAAAUGCUCUCCGAUCGAGAGUUGAGAGUUGUUUGAUUCAGAUCCAACCCCCAAAGCUAUCUGAAUCACUGAUUUCGAACCAGACUGAGUCAUCGGAAAAGGAGGAUUUGGUAAGGUUAAAUAAGGUCAAACAUAAACUCGAUGACAAAUUAUAUGCAAUGAAGGAGAUGCUCAAAAUAAGAGUUUGUGGAAAAUAAAAGCAUUGCCAGUGUUUUGGAAGAACGGAAUAUCCUUGAAACCCUUCACCAUCCUUUGCUGAUUAAUAUGAAAUAUGCAUUUCAGACAAGAAGUCAUUUGUACUUAAUUAUGGAUUUGCUCACUGGGGGAGACAUGAGGUACCACCUGAUAAAUAGGGUCAAAUUUAAAGAGAAAGAAACUAGAUUCAUAGUAGCAUGAAUGGUAUUAGCACUUGAGUACAUCCAUUCUAAUGGGUAUAUUCAUAGAGAUAUUAAACCAGAGAACUUGGUUUUUGAUGCUGAAGGUUAUGUCCAUAUCACCGAUUUUGGAAUAAGUAAAUAAAAUGCGUCCCAAUAAUAAAGUUGAUACAAGCGGAACUCCAGGUUAUAUGGCUCCAGAGAUCAUGUGUCGACAAAAUUAUAACUACUCAGUUGACUAUUUUGCAGUUGGAGUCAUUGCUUUUGAAUGAAUGUUCCAAAGAAGACCAUUUCUUGGUCGAACUAAGAGAGAAAUAAGAGACUACAUGUGCAAUACAGAUGUUCAGAUCCGCCAAUCAAAAAUACCAUUUGGCUGGAGUUACGAAUCUGCAGAUUUUAUCAAUCUUUGUAUUAAACGGAAAUAAGUUUGAAAGGAUUGGCCACCGAGGUAUUGAAGAAGUCAAAAGUCAUGCUUGGCUUAAAGAUUUCGAUUGGGAAGGUUUACGGAAUAAAACCUUAAAACCUCCUUUCACACCUCCAAUGAAAGAUAACUAUGACACCCGGAACUCUACAUAUAUGUUCAAAGACGAUUAUUCCCAAAAAUCUUUGAAAGAAGUCAAAGGAAUGAUGGAUGGAAAGAUUAAAGAAAUAGAUGACCUUCAAAAAUAUUUUACAAAUUAUUAUUAUGAUUAUAGAGAAAGAGAAAGGGAUGCAUUUUUGAUGACUCCAACUCUUGCGAAAGAUUUGAAAGGGACAGGUACUAAAUUUAUGACAUAAUAUUAUCACUACAGUUCAAUACGAG